AUGGGUUCUCUAAUGCAAUCAGAGCCAGAGUUGGAGAAAAAACCAGUAGGGAUUCGAUUCUUGGAACGCAUCAAAGGUUCAAAGCUUUCUUACAAUGCAUACCAAGCUAUAGUCUUGAUCGUGACUUUCCUCGCUUACGCUAGCUACCACGCAGCAAGAAAAACAACAAGCAUUGUCAAAAGUGCUCUUGAUCCACAAUCUCCAGACACAGUGGUUAACUCGAUCCUUUUAAGGUUCACUUCUUUUAAAACAGGACAGAAACAAGAAGGUUGGGCUCCUUUUAACGGACCGAAUGGAACGGUUCUACUCGGUGAGAUCGACGUUGCGUUUCUUGCGGUUUACGCUUUUGGAAUGUAUUUCGCUGGUCAUUUGGGAGAUAGGAUGAAUCUAAGGAUAUUCUUGACUGUCGGAAUGAUCGGUACCGGAUUGUUUACUUCUCUGUUUGGUGUCGGUUAUUGGGCGAAUAUUCAUAGCUUUUACUAUUUCUUGAUUAUGCAAAUGCUUGCUGGUUUGUUUCAAUCCUCUGGUUGGCCUUCUGUUGUUGCUGUGGUUGGAAACUGGUUCAACAAGAAGAAGAGAGGAUUGAUCAUGGGGAUAUGGAACGCGCAUACUUCGGUUGGGAACAUCACUGGCUCGUUGAUCGCUGCUGCGAUGUUGAGAUAUGGUUGGGGAUGGUCUUUUGUGGUUCCUGGUGUUGUUAUUGUUGUGAUUGGAUUGGUGAAUUUCGCUUUCUUGCCUGUGAAUCCGGAGGUUGUUGGAGCAGAGAGAGACGAGGAUGUUGAUUCUUCUGAGAAAAUCGGAGACUCUGUAAAUGUUCCUUUACUUUUGAGCUCGUCGGAUUCGGAAACUGAUGACAAGAAACGAGCUGUUGGAUUCAUCGAAGCGUGGAGGAUUCCCGGAGUUGCGCCUUUCGCUCUCUGUCUCUUCUUUGCUAAGUUGGUCGCUUACACUUUCCUCUACUGGCUCCCUUUUUACGUUAGCCACACAGCGAUCGAAGGCGAGUAUUUAUCGGAUGAAACAGCGGGAAAUCUUUCUACGAUGUUCGAUGUAGGAGGUGUGGUCGGAGGAAUCAUGGCCGGUUACAUUUCAGACCGAAUCGGAGCAAGAGCGAUAACAGCUGCGAGUUUCAUGUACUGCUCAAUCCCCGCUUUAUUCUUCUACCGAAGCUACGGACACGUCUCGUUAUUAGCCAACGCGUCUCUCAUGUUCUUAACCGGAAUGUUGGUUAACGGACCUUACGCUUUGAUCACAACGGCUGUUUCAGCUGAUCUCGGGACGCACAGUUCGUUAAAAGGAAACUCGAGAGCUCUUGCGACUGUAACGGCUAUAAUCGAUGGAACGGGAUCGGUUGGAGCAGCGGUUGGACCGUUGCUAACGGGUUACAUAUCGUCGAGGAGUAGCUGGACGGCCGUUUUCACAAUGUUGAUGGGAGCUGCGUUUGUGGCCGGACUGUUGCUAACGAGGCUGGUUAUGGCCGAAGUAGCGGAGAAGAUAGCCGAGUCGAGGCCGUCGGAAGAAUGUAGAUCUCCGUUGGACCACCAGGGUCACGUGAUAGAAGUGUGA